AUGGCAAAGUGCUUCUACCAGUGGCCAAUUUACCCCGACAAUGUGAGACAGAUGGCAAUAAUUACCCACCGAGGCCAAGAGGCCAUCACAAGCCUACAAUUCCCCCGAAUAUUGAAGCAACUAGAAACCUACCUCGGCCUCACAGGCACUUACCGACAUUAUAUCGCAAAAUACACAAGCAAGGCCGAGCCACUACAAAAGCGCAAAACACUCCUUCUCAAGGACGCACCGUCUAAAGGCACCGCACGCCGUAACCUCUCUAUACACACUAUACUGGACGAGCCAUCAAAAGAGAAGCUGGAAGCUUUUGCAACCCUCCAAGCUGAAUUCACCAAGGCACCCUGGCUGGCACACCACAAUCCACAUCGACGCCUAUACGCCGAUCUUAAUACCUCCAAGGAACAGGGAUACAGGGUAGUGCUAUUCUACAUAAAGGCAGAAUAUGAUCACAAGGACCUUACAAAGCCCCCACCAUUCACAGCGGUACAGCUGAUUAUGUUCCUAAGCCGCCUACUAUCCACCACCAAGAAGAAUUACUGGCCAACCGAACUAGAAGUCUCAUAUCUGGUAUGGACCCUGCACAAGGCCCGCCAUCUAUUCGAAGCCGCUCCAGCAGACCUCCCGCCAGUCAUCUACACAGACCAUAGUGGCACAGUCACUAUCACAACAAGCUCCAGCCUAAAGUCAGCAAACUCGGAUAAUUUGAACCUUCACCUUAUCAGGACAUCGCAAUUUAUCCAACAAUUUCGUGUCCUAAUACACCACCACCCAGGCAUAGGGAACAAGAUUGUAGACACACUUUCGAGACUACCAAGCUCCAAACCUACAAAGCCACGCACUAACAAGGGCGAUCUCAACUCACUAUGGUACAAUCCUAGACCACCAGAUAAACUAGACAACAAGCUCACCUCAAUCCCCGACAACAAAAUGAUAGCAUUCACAACGACAGUCUAA